CACUUACUACCUACUUCAGUCGCAACAGUUAUAUAUAUGGAGCUUACCUACUUCUUUGGCUCGCUGGCGUCUUGCGCUACAAGUUGGUCAUGUAUGUAUAAAAUCAAGAGAAGAAGAGAGAGCGCGAGAGAGAUCCGCUAGUCCAUCAAAACUUGUGUUGUGUCACAGGUUACAACGCCAUGACAACUCCUGUUACUGUUCGUCACAUCUCUAGAUGCUCCGUCAAACCAGCGCAUCUUCCCGAUGAAUCAAGCCAGCCUUACUACUUGAACCCAUGGGAUCUCGCCAUGCUCACCGUGCACUACAUCCAAAAGGGUCUUCUCUUCGCCAAACCUCCACCUUCCGACAACCAAGACUAUCCCAGCAUCGAUGCCAUCAUUAAUCGCCUCAAACACUCUCUCUCUCGCACACUGGUUCAUUUCUUCCCCCUUGCCGGUCGCUUCGUAACAGUACAGAAACGAGAUAACCCUCCUCCUUACACAGUUUUCGUUGACUGCAAAGAUUCUCCCGGAGCCGAAUUUAUACACGCAGUUGCAGAUGUGACGGUAGCCGAUGUCCUCUCCCCAAUCGACGUACCCCAUUUUGUCCAGUCCUUCUUUACCCAUGAUGGAGCUGUCAACCACGAUGGCCACACUAUGCCUCUGCUUGCUGUGCAGGUGACGGAGUUACUAGAUGGUGUAUUCGUAGGUUGUUCCUUCAACCACACCAUUGGUGAUGGUACCUCUUUCUGGCAUUUCUUUAACACCUGGGCCGAGCUCACCAGGGACCAAGGAAAGGACUAUAUCUCACGCCCGCCCGUACUGAAGCGCUGGUUCCCCGACGGCCAAGGUCCCAUCAUCAACCUGCCUUUCACUCACCACAGCGAAUUCAUUGACAGAUACAGACCACCCCCACUGAGAGAGAGGAUAUUCCACUUCUCACCACAAUCCUUGGCAAGACUGAAAGCAAGGGCAAAUGCAGAAAGCAAGACUACCGUCAUCUCCACGUUCCAGUCUUUGUGUGCACUGGUUUGGAGGUCCGUGACGCGGGUGCGUAAUCUACCUUCUAACCAAAAAACCAGCUGCAGGUUGGCUAUCAACAACAGAACGAGAUUAAACCCGCCAAUAUCGCCAGACUACUUCGGCAAUUGCAUUCAGACAGUGAGCGGAACCACCACAGCAGGUGAACUACUAAGCCAUGAUCUUGGGUGGGCAGCUUGGAUGUUGCAUCAGGCUGUGGUCAAUCACACGGACAGUGUGUUGCGCAGCUGGUUGGAGACAUGGAUGAAGGCCCCUUCACUCUACCAGAUCGGACGAUUCUUUGAUCCAUACAGCGUGAUGAUUGGAAGCUCGCCUAGAUUUGACAUGUAUGGAGGGAAUGAUUUUGGGUGGGGACAAGGAGUAGCAAUUCGAAGUGGGUUUGCUAACAAGUUCGACGGAAAGGUAUCGUCAUUCCCAGGAAAAGAAGGGGGAGGGAGCGUGGAUUUGGAGGUGUGCCUUUCACCUGAGAAAAUGAGCGCACUGGAGUCGGAUGAGGAGUUUAUGGAAGCAGUCUCCUUGGACAAACACCACUAAAUGUUGUUUUCAUCACCCACAUGUAAUUGCCACGACCACGACCGGCGACAGCCAUCUCGUCUGUCACUUGUGCCCAAAAUCUGGAAAUAAAGAUGCAGAGAAUAUGAUAGAAGUUUUAGGUUUUUAACGCUGCAUCCAAUGUUUAUGAGAUUGAGAGCACACCCCAGAAUUCUUAAUUCUGCCGUAUGCCGUGCUACUAAUAGACUAUAAAGAGCUAUAAUUUCAGAGUUC